GGAAACUAUUGAACAGUUCAAAGACAUCAGCCAGACCAAACAGAACAACAAAACACUCAACUAUAAUUAAAUAAAAUGUCUGCGGUGCUAUCAGAAAUGUCUAAAGCAGUGGAAUUAAAAAUAGAUGUGGCUAAAAAUGGAACGGAUCCGCCUAAACAAGCAGAAAAUGACAAAAAUAAUAAUGCAGCUACAGCGCAGAAGCUUGAUUUUGAUGAUUUACUGAUACAAGCUGGUCAGUUUGGACUCUAUCAAAUAAUUCUCAUCCUCGCGACGAUGCCUUUCUACAUUUAUGGAGUAUUUGUUUAUUACACGCAGCUGUUUAUAACCGAGGUAUCAACGCAACAUUGGUGCUGGGUUCCAGAAUUGGAAAACCUUACCGCAGUGGAUCGAAGAAGAUUAGCCAUACCUCUUGAUGAAUCUGGGCGAUAUGGAUAUGAUCAAUGUAAAGCUUACGUUGCCAACUGGACUGAAGUGUUACUAAGUGGAAAAGGACCAGAUUCUACCUGGGAUACCGAGCCUUGUCAAUACGGAUGGGAAUUUGAGCCGAGUGAAAUCCCAUAUCCAACAAUUUCAAGUGAAUUAGGCUGGGUGUGUGAUAAGCGCAGUUAUCAAGCAUCAGCCCAGUCCAUUUUCUUUUUUGGUUCAAUAUUUGGAGGAUUUUUAAUUGGAUGGCUUGCAGAUAGGUACGGAAGACUUCCCGCAAUAAUAGCAAGCAACCUUAUCGGUUGUAUUGGUGGCACAGCAAGUAUAUUUGUAAGUAGCUUUAUUGAGUUUGCUAUCUGUCGAUUUAUCAUGGGAAUGGCUUACGACAACUCAGUCAUGAUAGCGUACCUACUUCUUUUAGAAUACAUAGCACCCAAAUAUAGAACAUUAAUCUCGAAUUUAUCUUUUGCUCUCUUCUACACUCUUGGUUCUGUGGCAUUGCCAUGGAUAGCUUUAGCGUGUGGGCAUUGGAAAGUAACUUCCUUAGCAACAAGUCUACCGAUGGCUUUAGCUAUUUUUGCACCAUUUAUAUUGUUUGAAAGUCCGAGGUGGCUAUUAACAAGAGGCAGAAUAGAUGACGCUAUACAAAAAUUAAAGAUGAUAGGUAAGGUAAAUAGGAAAGAAAUACCAUCGAAGUUAAUAAAACAAUUCAAGGAAGAAUUUACAGACAACAAUGGCGAAGAACAAGGAACUGUUUUGGAAAUUCUAAAAAGGCCCCUGGUUCGCAAAAUGCUCAUAUUAAUAUGCAUAGAAUACAUGUGCUGUGUGAUUGUGUUUGACGCCUUGGUCAGAAGUUUGGGGCAACUUCAAUUUGAUUUCUUCUUAUCUUUCUCAGUUGUGUCAUUUACUGAGUUUCCAUCGCUUUUAAUUCUUGCCAUCAUAAUGGACUGGACUGGAAGAAGGUGGCUAGUAAGCCUUAUGUCUACUGUAUCGUGUAUAUUUUGUGUACUAACUGCGUUGAUAGGUGGAGGGAUACCAGCUCUAGUGUGCGCGGUGGUGGCGAGGUUUGCCAUCAACAUGUCUUACACUGCCGCGAUACAGUGGGGAGCCGAGCUGUUCCCGACGUCAGUGAGAGGGUCAGCGCUCGGUGUAAUACAUAUACUUGGCUACAUUGGGACUAUGAUAUCGCCAUACAUUGUGUACUUGGAGAUCUACAUCAGCUGGCUGCCGCUGGUGGCGGCGGGCGUCGUGGCGGCGUGCAGCGCCGUGGUCGCGCUCACUCUACCAGAAACUGCUAAGAAAGAUAUGCCGCAAACCUUCGCUGAAGCGGAGACUCUGGCUCGAAGUCAAAGAUUUUUCGAAAUACCUUGUUUUCCGAGGAAAACUGAAGCAGAUAAUUGCGGACAGGAAAAGUUUCCGUUUGAACCGUAGAGUUGUGAAGCUUUGAAUUUAUGAUCCAAGAAGACUUGAUGUUUUCCUUUGCUAUUCAGAAGAUUUAUUUCAACAUUUUGUUUUUUUUUACUAACGUACAACAGUAUAAUGAUUCGUUUACCGGUGUAAAAAAAUACUUUGUACAAAUAAACUUAUUUAACAUACAUAACA